UAAUAAUUCAGCGCUCAGUUUUGCCCUUUUGUUCAUCCACCGCGACCCAGAACUAGAGCCGAGCAAAGGGUUUUAGAUUUUUCCUCUGUUGGCGUAUGCUCUAGGAGGAUGUGGAAGGGAAUUUUGGUUAUUCUGGCCGUUGGCCUUAUAUGUGUGGACGCCAGAGCAUCCGUUAAAGCGAUACGAAAACCAAGACAACAAAGAUCCCACGCAGAAUGGAUAGAUGAUAAUGAAGAAGAUAAAAGAGAUGCUAUUAGGAAGCCAAACGCUUUUGGAUCGUACCAAUACCCUCAGGCUGCACCUGUUGCCACCGCGUACAAUGCCGCAGCGAGGUCAACAGCACCGUCAUCCUCUAACACUGGUACUGCGGCGGCGCCAGCACAGGCUUUCGCUCCAUCAGCGCCGGUAGCAGCCCCCGCACAAGUUGCUGCAGCACCCGCCCCUGCCGCAGCUGCCCCUGCUCCCGCCCCGGCCGCAGCGGCACCAGCCCCUGCUCCGGCGGCACCAUCAGCCGCGGCAGCUCCAGCACCAGUCCGAUCGGUGCCAUCCACCUCCCCAAGCUCAGUUCGAUCCGCCACACCAUACUACCCACAGACACAGCAGCAACAGAGCUCUGUUAGCAGCAGCUACUCCUACUACCCCCGAGCCGCCCCCUCAUACUACUACUCACCACCUGCCCCUGCCGCGUACGCACCUUCCACCGCUACCGCCACCGUGGCUGCCGCAGUCGCCCAGGCGGCCAAGUCCACCCUCACCUAUGCAGGUUCUUGUUAUGAUGAUAAUCGCGCCGAGCAGUUCUGCCGUAAAGCCACUAUCCCGUGUUACUGCGCCGAGAACCAGCACUUUAUGUACAGCUACUGCAGACGUGCCUGCAACUGGUGCGACAACACAGAUACAACAGGGCAACGCUUCUGGCGUAUCGUAAAUGCUGCACCGCUACAGCGAUCUUGGUUUGUCCAAGAAGUCAAGCUUUUCCAGGACACCACUUCCAAGCAGCCUGUACCUAUGGAUGGGGCGAGAUUCUUUGCUAGUUCGUCUUUCGCUGGCUAUCUUCCAGACUAUGCCUUCGACGGCAAAAACCAAACCUACUGGCUGCCAGAUGGUUGGGUAGAGAGGCCCGCUGCCUCAGACUACAUAGGCGUAGAGUUCCCUGAACCCGUUGUCAUCGAAUCAUUACGGGUGAUCCACUCUGGAAAGGAAAAGAAAGCCAUCUCUACCAAGAUGUAUCUGCAAUCGUCAUCAUCAGGAGACGUAAAUGCGUACACUACCACAUUUAUCAUGAACAACAAUGACGCCAAAGAGGACGUGCGCUUCUACAAGAAAAACUGCCCGAUCUUCUGGCGUCGUUAUGAGACAGAUAACGGCAUCUUCUGUUAUAAAACGGUGACAGAGCUCAAGUCUUGGCAGGAGUCUAACGAUAAGUGCCAGCAAUAUGGCGCUGAGCUGACAAGUAUCACCAACCAACAGGAGGCUGACUUCAUCAGCAAAGACCUUAAGCUGUGUGGGUUCACAUGGAUAGGUCUGAACGACAAAAAGAACCUUAGCCACUUUCAAUGGACUGACGGUUCGCCUGUCGAGUACAAGGCGUGGGCGUGGGACAUUCAGACCUUUGGUUACCAAGGGGACAGCAACAUGAAGCGAUUUGAGAACUGCGUCGCACUGGAAAAGACCGGCGGAUGGCGGCCAUUCCACUGCGAUGACAAAUUCUACUCUAUCUGCAAGCUGACACUACUUCAAAGUGAAGAUGAGAAGGAAAUCGAAGCUCAGAUAGCAGCAGCCAACAGAGCAUCCAGUAUGCCUUCUUUGCAGCAACCGCUGGAUUCAACAGUUGUGACAGUGGAGCAGGCUACCUCUGGCUCCGGAUCAGGGUCUGGUGACGACUCAGGUGACGACGCAAAUGCACUGCCAGCCAAUAAUAGCGGAAGCGGAAGUGGAUCCGCGAUGAAUGACGAACCGCAAACGGAUGAUAGUUCUGCUUCCGGUGAUGAUACCACAUCCCCCGAGUUAUCCAGGGCGUCAAAUGAGGUCCCGAAAAUUGUACAGCCAUCACGAAGAAAUAACAUCGCCUCUCCACUACAGGAACUCAUCGACAUGAACCGAUGAAAAUAAAAAAAAAAACGGCCAUUUUAAUAAGAGUACUAAUAAUUCGGUGGGACUCCGCGUUUAGGAAGUUUUGACUCACCUGCGAUUUUCAGAGAAAACGUGUUGCGAAGCUGGGUGUGUCCUACAGCAUCAAGUGCUGGACUGUGUAGUUCGUUAUAAAUAUCAGGACUUUCAGCAACAUCUUCUUCGGCGCUACCACCGUCAACAUCUUAAUUACAACUUUAAUAAGCACCAUUACCAUAAGCACAAUUAUCAUAAGCGCAGACAAUAUCAACAUAAUCAAGACCAUCAAUAGCAAUAUUAUCAUCGACUUCUUCAUACAAAUCAUUAACAUUAUCGCCAUAACCACAUCACUUUGUGUUUUCGAUCACUUGUGAUCGUCAACCCUACAUCCAAGCAGGUGUAAACCAGAAAAUGUCUGGUUCAUGUGCAUACUCCAGAAAAACGGUAGUCAUUAUACGUCCAUUUGUUUUAAUUCCAUGGCCUCAUUGCCAUGAAAACCUGGCGUAGGUUCUCAAGAGAGAAAAUGCUAACCCUGGCAAAAACGGCUAUUGACAUUUAUUUGGACGAGAAGCCAAAUUCCCGGGAACACGGGGGCUCGACUGACAAGGCCCUGGGUCAUCUAUUUCACAUAUAUCUAGAGGUUAGAUCACGGGGGCUCGACUGACAAGACCCUGGGUCAUCUAUUUCACAUAUAUCUAGAGGAUAGAUCACGGGGGCUCGACUGACAAGACCCUGGGUCAUCUAUUUCACAUAUAUCUAGAGGUUAGAUCACGGGGGCUCGACUGACAAGACCCUGGGUCAUCUAUUUCACAUAUAUCUAGAGGUUAGAUCACGGGGGCUCGACUGACAAGACCCUGGGUCAUCUAUUUCACAUAUAUCUAGAGGUUAGAUUCCAGUAGUGUACAUCAACGAAGCGACGAUCAAAAUAGUUAAAAGUCCUCAAAUAUGACACUCCAUGAUUCGUUUGUAAAAAAAAGCCAUUUUAUUUUGAUAGUUUAUGUUAUCAUUAAUUUCUUCAGCACAAGUAUCAGUAUUUCAUACGAAGCUUAUACAUAAACUUUUGUCAAUUAUAAUAAAUUUACCAAGCUGGAA